AUGCCUUCAGCCGUGCCUGUUGAAAAUGGGCUUGACCAGGCAUCUGACUCUAUUCCGAGUCACCCCCUUGGAGUCAAGCCCCUGGGCAACCAAUACUUCCAUCGUGGUGAAGUCGCGAGAAGCGCCAUUGGAACGUGGGCUUCGCUUCCCGAGGAGAUGCUGACAGUCCUACUGGAGUAUUUGGAUGUACCUGGUCUUUUCAACCUUGGGCACACUUGCAAGUACUUUUACGCCAUUUGUCAUCUUGACGACUUUUGGAAAGCGCUUUUCCUGUCACAACAAGCUGACAGUGUCAACCCAGUGCGCUGGGCCGGGACCUGGAGGUCAACUGUGCUAGGUCUCCAGGAGCAACCUAGCAGGCAGAUCGACUGCAGCAACGUUUUUUCCGAUGUGCUGCACCGACCCUUUGCUUGCAGCAACAUCAAUCUACAACACUACGUCACGGGGAUCCCCAAAGCAAACCAGAUUCGACGGUUUGAUAACCUGAGCUACGAGGAAUUUGCAAAGCACUGGACAAGCGAGCCGUUCGUCCUGUCGCAAUGUAUCCAAGAUUGGCCGGUCACCUCUCAAUGGACUAUCGACAGUCUGCUGAAGGACCACGGCAACGUCACUUUUCGGGCGGAGGCAGUGGACUGGACGUUCAAGACUUACUGCCAGUACAUGACGGACAACGCGGAUGAAAGUCCUCUAUACCUGUUCGAUCGCGGAUUUGCCGAGAAAAUGGGCAUCAAGGUCGGGCGAGAUGCAGACGACGCAGCCUACUGGCGCCCGGACUGCUUUGGACCGGACUUUUUCGAGGUCCUGGGGGACGAGCGGCCAGCGCACCGAUGGCUCAUUGUCGGCCCCGAGCGAAGCGGUUCGACAUUCCAUAAAGACCCCAACGCCACGAGCGCUUGGAACGCUGUGAUCCAGGGGUCCAAGUACUGGAUCAUGUUCCCUCCCACGGCACAUGUGCCGGGCGUCUACGUCUCCAAGGACAGCAGUGAAGUCACGAGUCCGUUGAGCAUUGCCGAGUGGCUCCUGACCUUCCACGAGGAAGCAAGGCAGCUCCCCGAGUGUGUGGAGGGAAUCUGUGAUGCAGGAGAGAUCCUGCACGUACCAAGCGGCUGGUGGCACCUGGUGGUGAAUCUGGAGGCAGGAAUUGCCUUGACGCAGAACUUUGUGCCCAAGUCGCCGAGCCUGCACCACUUGUCCGAGGCCAUCUCUUUCCUGCGUGACAAGGCUGAUCAGGUGUCGGGUUUCCGCUCCGACAUUGAGAACCCAUACGAGCUCUUUGCGCAGAGGCUUGGGUCGAACUACCCCGAAGCGCUCGAGAAAGCAGUGGAGCUGGCGGGCCGUAAGAGUGGCAAGAAACGGAAAUGGGAUGCUGCUGUGGCUGUUGACGAGACGGAGUCAGGGGGUGGUGGAUUCAGCUUUUGCUUUGGAGGCGAUGACGAGGAUAUUGCGUGA